ACAUGGCCAACAUUUUAAAGCGGCGGCAGAUCAAUUAUAUUUUUCAUCCGUUUUCAAUCUGCUGAACCAGCUGAAAACACGACAACUGAGACGUACACUUACAACAAAUUCUUGAUCGACAGAAUACGCGCGUUUUUCGCCGCCUAACGAUGGUUUUUCGAUUGACUGAAAUUAGCGGGGUAGAUUUACUGCCUCGAAAAAGAAAACUGCAAUGCAGGAAUGGUCAUUUCCUGGAGGUACGACCUGAUGGUACAGUAAGAGGAACGAAAAACAACGACAGCAUCUAUACUGUGUUUCAUCUCAACUCUGUGGGACCGAACAUAGUUACUUUGUGGGCUGCAGAAGCUCGGCUUUACGUCGGCAUUGACGACCGUGGGAACAUAGUUACUUCGGCUUCAAAGAUCCCGUCCUGUGAGCUCCGAGAGAAGCUGGACACAGAAUUUUUCACCAGCCUUAGCAAGGAAUUUUCUCCUCGCCGGCUACACUGCCUGGCGAUCUCAGUGCAGGGGAAAGUUCGAUCAUCAAUACUGACUUCUUCACAAAAUGUGCAGUUCAUCACCAAACGACUGCAUUGAUAACGUUACCAGUGGCAGCUCCAUAACGAAAGGCGAUCAGUCACAUUUAACCAUCUAGUCGAGUAGCCUUAUUUACGGAGAAGGGGGGGUGGAAAGAGGGCACUUAGAAUGGGGGAAGGUGAAGGGGUACUGACAAACCCCGACCUUGGUUUGAGAAAAAAAAAAAAAGCGUCCAUUUUGCUACCCUGUUUCAGAAACAAAUUGUAUAAAUUGUAUAAAUGCGAUAUAUUGACUUUAGAGAGCUCUCUUUACCAUAUACUGAGACAAAAAAAAGGUAAUUCCUAAUGCAAAAUCGUGCACCGAUAAGUUCACACACCAGUCGAGAAUUCUGGUCCAGAAUGACGCCCUCUUUAAGGGACUUCGGAUAAAAAUUUUGUACCUGUCUUAGAAUAAACACUUUGAAAAUCGUA